AUGUCCAGAGCUGACUGGUCCUUUCUGGAGCACCUGCUGGAGGAGGGCCAGGAGUAUUCGACUGGCAUUGGUCGUGUCUGGCUAACUGUUCUCUUCCUGUUUCGUAUGUUGGUGCUCGGCACAGCAGUCGAGUCUGCCUGGGACGACGAGCAAGCGGACUUCAUCUGUAACACACGACAACCAGGUUGUACGGCAGUUUGCUACGACAAAGCCUUCCCCAUCUCCCAUUUUCGCUACUUUGUCCUCCAAGUCAUUUUCGUCUCCACACCAACCAUCUUCUAUUUUGGAUACGUGGCUAUACGGUCUGGGAAGGAAGAAGUUGGAAAAAAUGAAAACAGGCAGGUAGAAGAAGGUGGUGCAGGUAGGAUAGGGGUUGUAACAGAAAGGGAUAAAGAAAAGACAAAUCAAAAAGAGGGGGCUGCAAGAAAAGGAAGCAUAGUUGAGAGGAGUCCACCCGAAGCUCCAAAACUGAAAGGAAGGUUGUUAUGUGCGUACACAUUCAGCAUCCUUCUAAAAGUUCUGCUAGAAGUCGGCUUCAUCCUGGGGUUGUGGUUCCUUUAUGAUGGCUUCCUAGUUGAAGCAAAGUUUGAGUGUGUGGGCUUCCCAUGCCCUCAUACAGUGGACUGCUUUGUCUCUCGACCUACAGAGAAGACCAUCUUCACCAUCUACACUCAGGCCAUCGCAGCUGUUUCCUUGCUGCUCAACCUCUUUGAGCUCCUACACCUUCUUCAGCUAGCAAUUUCACAGCGACUGAGGAAACAGUACAGCUCCCAGGGUCAGGUGUAUUUACCACAGCUAGAACAGGCAGGUACGGUGGCCCGUUCGGAAGCCCCGCGGACACGGGAAGAAACACAAGAGUCUUACAAUGGCAGCCUACCAGUGCCAAGUGAGGCUACAGGCUUCACGAACCCCUGUGAAAGCUAUGGCAAUCUAGCCAUAGCAGUCAACUGGGAACCUGCAGAGGGUGGGAGCGAUGUGCUUCCUAGCUAUACGAACUGCAUGGAGGCUAUGAGGACAUCACGUUCACCUAGGAACCACUACGGAGCAAAGACCAAGAACAAUCAUAGGGGAAUUGCAAAACAGAAGCACUAUGUCUGA